UAAACAGACUGGGGAUAAGUGUGUGUGCCUCCUUCUCUUCUACUCACUGCACCUCCAGCAACACAACAAACUCAAGACUAGAAGUCGCAACUCAGCCAGGACUUUGCAAAGAGUCAGAGAAUCUGGGUAAAUCGGCCCUGGGGGGCACAAUUUACUUUCUUGUGCUCCAGUGGUAACACAGAGUGGAGAUGGGCAGCCGGCACGACACUAUACAAAGGAGCACCUCAGCGGGGUACAGACUGCCAGACAGACGGACGGCACAGCAACUUGCCUCAACCUCCUCUGUCUCCUUUAACAAGUCUGUUACAGGGGCCCAGCCCACCUCUCAGCCGAGUACCAAAGAGAAGGAGAAUCGCUGCUGGGAGGAUACAGUGAGGCACGACCAAGUUUGGCGGGAAUUUGUGGAAGCUGAGAGAAGAGGCGGGAAACGCUGGCAUGAGAACUGGGGGUUCCUGAAAGAGUAUGAUUCCCUGGGAAAUAAGAAGGAAGUGGAAGAGUUACCAAAAGAAGUGCCUCUUUUUUCUGACCGAAUACCCAACACCACAAACCAGACUAUUGGGAGUCGGAUGAACACGGAGCUGGGGAAGACUCUGGUCUAUAUGAAUUAUUUUCUCACAGGGGGAAACCAAAAGAAGAAGCUUGGAAGUGAACUGCUGCCCAGCUAGGAACCCACUGACAGACACCUUGGACUCUGCCUUAGUAUUAUACACAAAUGAGUGGGACAGUGCAGUGAUACAGGCCCUCGAUCACCCAGGAGAGUCUUCCUUCUUCUCUGGGACAAGGGAUGCAAAUCAGGAGGUGAUUAAAGGGAACUCCACCCAAAUAAAACAAAAUAAAAAUGUGGCUGUUGAAAGUAG